GUCACUUAAAUUGUGAUUUCAGGAGGCUUUCACUUGAUGAGUUGCCUAAAAGAAGUUCCGACACUCAGAGGUGACAACCACACUGAGUGGAGGAAGAAAGUUGAACUGGCGUUUGUUUGUGCUGAUCUUGACUGGGUUGUGGAGAAACCACAGCCGGUCAGACCCACAGAGCCAGUAAGAGAGGCCACUGAUGAUGAUGCUGCAUGGGCUAAAAAGAAAGGGGACUAUGCUCCUUUGGAGCAGUCCUACCUCAUAGAUAACCAAAAGUGGGUCAAUACAAACAAAAAAUGCAUGGCCUUUAUAAAGAACACAAUUGAGAGCGUCAUUGUGGGCUCCAUUGCAGAGUGCACUUCCGCAGGGGAGUUGCUCUCAAAGAUAAAGAGCCAGUUCACUGGCUCUUCAAAGAUAUAUGCCACCUAGGUGAGAGCAACUGGUGACAGAACGCUACACAGGUGGUAGUCAUGGCAUAAGAGAGCACAUCCUCAGGAUGAGCAAUAUGGCAGCAAAGCUCAAGCCCAUGGAUGCGGAUCUGGAGAUCAAACCAACGCUCCUGGUCCACCUUGUCAUGGCUUCACUGCCGAAGGAGUUUGAAGCUUUUGUUGUGAAUUACAAUAUGUCACCUGGAACAUGGGACAUUGAAAAGACAAUAGCAAUGUGUGUCCAAGAAGAGGAGAGACUCAAAGCCUCACAUGGUGGUACACUCAACUAUGUGCAGGGUCACAAAAGAAAGAAUUACAAUCAAAACAACAAAAGUUCUCCUUCAAAGCCACAAGGAAAAGCUUCCUAUCAGCAUCAGCGUCAGCAACAGCCUUUCUCAGUGGACAAAGACACUUGUCUCCACUGUAAGAAGACCGGGCAUUACAAGAAAGACUGUCCUGAUUGGCUAAAGUCAAUCAUGGCAAAAAGAGGGAUUCCAUUCGACGCGGACUACGCUAAGAAGCGAAAGACGCAUUGAAGUGGCGAACGGAGUUGAAGCAGAAGUUGAAGCUGUCGGUGAUAUCUCCUUGGAGUUAGCUGAUGGAUUCAAUCUUCUACUUAGAGAUGUUUUAUUUGUUCCAUCAUGUCAUAGAAACUUAAUAAGUGUUUCUUGCUUGGACAAAGAUAAU